CAUAUGACUACAAUUUUGAAUGGUACGGGGGAGCUAAGGUUCGCUGCCUCUGUGGUGCUUCGAGCUGUUCAGGAUUUCUUGGGGCCAAGUCUCGUGGUUUUCAGGUAAUUUAUUGAUUGAACAUUCUGGACACAAGUCUUCAUUUUAGAUAUUAAGGAUGAAAAAGAAGUCAUUUCGAGGGUGUGCUAUAGCCUAUAAGUGUGGCUGUUAUCUCCAUAGCUGCACAUUAUCUAUUUUCUCAUUAUAAAAUUAUCUGGAUACUGCCGUUGAACUAGAAAAUUAAAAUCUUGCCUGUGAUGCAUAAUGCAAGUUCUGCAAUCUUUCUGGUUACAUUUUUUUUAAUCUUUUCAGUUUCUUUUUCUCUGGGCAUGGUCCCAUUGUUUGCUUUGAAAUUCAUUGCCUAACCUCUCUAAUGCUAUCAACUUUCCUGGAUUAUAAUUACAUAUUUUAUGCUUAUAAAAUGGUUUUAGGGGUUUGCAGUUUCUAUUGGUUUGCAAUUGUCCCCUACAAACUUUUAUGGGGGUAUAUGUCUGACGCUUAGUUUAGAGGCAUUGUUUCAAUUAGCGUAAAGAAAGAAAAGCUUAAGCAUUCCUCACAGAGACAACCUGAAAAUGUCUUUCGGCAUGCAAGUGUUCUGCGAAAUUUCAAAAAAGUGUGGUGUAAGCCUUUUCUUUUAGUUGGUAUGCUUUAGCAAACUCACGCUUACAAUAUUUAAGAAAAGGGAAUUCUUUUGGUAUGGGUUUUAUGUUUUUUUUUUUUUUUUUCUUAGCACGCUAGUAAAUAGAACCCCAAGUCUCUAUCAUUCAAACCUGCACAGCAUUGCACAACCAAUUGACUCCUUCAGAAGCAUGCAAUGAAAAACUUGAAUGGUUACUAUAUGGCAGCAUCUCCAUCAUAAGUUGGAAGUUGAACAGUUGGUAAUUUCCAAUUUUUGUUCUUUUAAUGGUUUUUAUUCUUGCAAAGAGGGUUUUGUAGAGUUCACGAUAUUUCAAUUAGGCUCUUGGUUGAGAAAAUUAGUAAACAUUGAGGUGUUUGGCAGAGAGAAAUCUCUGGUUUUAUCUCCUUUUCUCCCUCAGAAAGACUACUAACGACCUGAAAAAUAAUAUUUACGGUGUCUCAUGGACCAUUUUAUUGGGUUUCUUUAAUGAUUUUAGCUUUGCCAAAUUUGGGACCAAAUUGGGUUGUUUUUAACAUGUUGAAAUAUAGGGAAAUUUUGUGGUUAUAAUGUUUUAGGCUUGACCAGCGCACUCUAAGCUUUAAUAACUCUUCUUAAUGACCAUUAUAACCUUUGAAAAAUGACUUAAAACAACUUAAUUCACAUCUAAAAUGUUUUCCAAUUACUCCACCAUAGCUCACUCAGGCUUAUACCCACCCUACCAUCCAAUACUAACCAUAACCCCAUCACAAUCUUCAAAAUCAGCCCUUCAUCACUCCAUAAACCCCAAUCACAUAAGACCACCCAUAUUGAGUUUUCUUGGUCAAUGGAGCAUCAAAUCAUCAUGUAUGGCAAGUCAGUGAGAAUGGAAAGGUAUGUUAUUUGCCAAAUUAGUUGAGCUUGUUUUGUUCUUUUGGUUACUAAAACUGGGCUCACGUUUUGUUUGGUUACUCAGAGCUGAGCACCAAAUGUACUGUGCAGUUAUAUGUGGCCAAACAACCAUUCAUUAAGUGUAGCCAGAUAUUGCUGCAGAGGACAUUUGGUGUGUGACCAGAAAUGGCUGCACACCAACAAGAAAGUGGAGCCAGUAUAGCCACACAAUUCUCUCUAUGUGCUGUAUUCUCUAACAGAACACUCACCUAAUUCUACAUCUAAACUCGUUUUCUCUAAUGCUGGGCGAAACUUCUUCUUAAGGUAGUGGGGUUGGCUCAGAAUGUGCACCAGACUACACAAGUGAAUUUACGAGUAAUGAGGACGACAAUUCUGCUCAAGAUAGUAGGGUUCGCUCAUACCGUGUAAUGAAUUUCACAAGUGAAUUUACUACUUAUGUGAUAUUCAAGACUAGAGCGUCCUUGAUGCAGCGGGCUUGUCAGAUGGGGAAGCAAAAUGGGUUUGUUAUUGUGACAUUACGAUCUGAUAUGGGUUGUAAGAGUACGAAACCAAGAGUUACAUUAGGUUGCGAGAGGGGUGGAAGAUUUAAGGAGAAGAAAACUAGGGCUGCAAAAAAAAGACAUGGGACAGGCACAAAGAAGUGUGUCCUUUCACAUUGAAAGGUGAGAAGUCAGCGAACGGGGACGGAUGGAUGCUAAAGGUUGUAUGUGGAGUGCAUAACCAUGCAUCCACUGAGUAUCCUGAUGGGCGUUCAUAUGCAGGGAGCUUAUUGGAGCAGGAGACUUCACUCUUGAUAGACUUGUCAAAGAAUUUAGUACGACCCAAAGAAAUCCUGAGCACAUUGAAGCAAAGGGAUGAACUCAGUGCUGCUGCCAUAAGGACGAUCUAUAAUGCACGCUAAAGACAAAGAGUUAAAGAGAAGGCAGGGAAGUCUCAAAUGCAACAACUGUUACGUAAGUUGAAUGAGCAUGACUAUGUCGAGUUGCAUAGGAGGUGCCCUAUGUCAGAUAGUGUGCAGGACUUGUUUUGGGCGCAUCCUGUGAGUUUGGAGUUGUUACGUGCACUUCCAACCAUUUUGAUGAUAGAUUACAAGUACAAGAUCAAUAGGUAUUAUUACCCCCUACUAGAGGUUGUAGGCGUCACAUCCACUGAUAUUACAUUCUCAAUUGCAUUUGUCUUUUUGAAUUCUGAAAAAGAAGACAACUAUAUAAGGGCAUUAAGUAAAUUGCGUGGUGUCAUGGUGGAGUGUCCCAUGCCAAAUGUAAUUGUCACAGACAUGGAUUUGCAAUUGAUGAGAGCCAUUGAGGUAGUAUUCCCUACUGCUAAAAAUCUUAAAUGUAAAUGGCAUAUUAAUAAGCAUGUGUUGGCCAAAUGCAAAAACUUGUUUGAGUCCAAGGAAAGGUGUGAUAGAUUUAUUAUGAAGUGGAAUGUACUCGUGACCUCUCCUACAGAAAAUGAUUACAUACGGGAGCUGGCAGUGUUACAGAGAGAAUUUAGUAUGUACACUGAGGUCAUGGAAUAUGUUACAAACACAUGGUUGAAUCCUUUCGAGGACAGAUUUGUGUCAGCUUGGACGGACAUGAUCAUGCAUUUUGGUAAUGUAACAUCAAACAGGGCCAAGGGUGCACAUACCAAGCUUAAGAGGGAACUUGGUAUGAGCCAGGGGAAUUUUGAGGGUUCUUUUGAGAGUAUACACUCUCUUAUUGAGUUACAGCACACUGACAUAAAGAUAUCUUUUGACAAGUGUUUGAUGGUCACACAACAAAGCUUCAAGUCUUCAGAAUUCAAAUAUCUGAGAGGAGUUGUAUCUAUGUUUGCAUUGGAGAAGGUGUUAUCUCGGUCCAAACUAGCCACCUCAAUUGGUGUUGAUGGUUCAGGAUGUGGUUGUGUCAUACCCCGAACCCAUGGUCUACCUUGUGCCCACGAGAUUGUGAAAUACAAGGGGGAGUGUCAGCCAAUUCCUCUUGAGUCUCUUGACCCCCAUUGGGCAAAACUUGAUAUACUACCUCCUAGUUCUGCUCAGGAUUCUAUGGAUGUGAAUGAGUUUCCUGAGUUGGAGUUGCUUCAACAAUACUUUCUGGAGGCAAAUGCAGAAAAUAGGUUGAUGCUCAGGAAAAGAGUGAGAGAACUUGUAGCACCCUAUACAACUAAUCUUGUUGAACCAGGAGUCAAGUCCAGAUUACGAGGUCAACUGAGGGGGAAAAUUGAUAUGUCCACUCAACAGGAUCCAUAUGCAUUUGAUUUGAGAUCUGCAUCUGUGGAUAGUCACUCACCUAGCCCAAUGGAUGGUGUACCGACGCUGUCAAUGAAAGGUAUUUCGUAUAUUGAUGUGUUCCCAAUUGGAUUGAGGCCCUUCAUUCAGCAAGUCAAGGAUGUAUGUCAUGAUGGUCACUGCGGGUUUAGGGCAGUUGCUGAUUUAGUAGGAUUGGGUGAGAAUGGAUACUUGCAAGUGCGUAAUGACUUGCUUACUGAGUUGUCUUCAUUUUCUGCACAUUAUGGCGAGUUGUAUGGCAGCACAGACAGGGUUCGUGAGUUAGCACAGAUACUAUCAUUCUUUGAUGAAGGUAGAGCACCAUUUGAUAGAUGGAUGAUGAUGCCUGACAUGGGUCAUCUUAUAGCGUCAUGCUAUAAGGUCGUGCUUUUCCACUUAUCAUCUACUCAGUGCCUUACCUUCCUACCACUUUGGUCGGCACCAGUUCCUUUGCCAAGGCGUCGACAGAUUGCUAUUGGUUUUAUGAAUGAUUGUCACUGCGUGGAGGUGUUCAUAAGGCCAGGGCAUCCAGUGCCUCCCAUUACGUCUGAUUGGAGCAGAUAUCAUACACCAGCUGCACAAGGAUGGGACACUGUGUAUACUAGUUGUAUUUUACGCUUCCAAUCUCUUGUCAGCUCUGAUCAAAUCUGACUCGGUCAGGUGCAAGUCACAAGUCCAAACUGUCUCAAAAAUAUGCUUAGAAUGGUCAGGUUCGAUCGCUUAUAUGCACAAAUGUGCUCUGAAAGGAGAUAUCGUCUAUAUGCACAAAUGUGCCCUGAAGGAGAGGCCAUGAAGUGGAUUUUGCUAGCAAAGCUGCAAAUCCCACCAGAAGGAUCCAAACCCUACACAAAUAAUGGAAACAGAUAUUUCCAGUGAUAUAGACUUGGUGGUUAAGUGUUAAACCUUAUAGUAUGGACAGGGCAUCCUAUAUGUCGCCUGUUACGAAAGCUACCAGCUUCUCUUGUAUCCUACAAAUCAUUCAUAGUGGCAGCAUUUGACUAUUGUGGUGUCCAAUGAUAAACAAACGGAUGGCCUGAGAUAUACCAUGUAUCCCUCCAUUGCUCUAAUACCAUAGAUUGUUAGUUGCCCCAAAUGUAAUGUAUCCCCCCAUACAUACCAUCUCAUGUUACCAAAAUACCUUAAGUAUACGAGAGUAGAUUAUACACACUAGUGCACCACUCUUAUCAGUUAACUGUACAUGUCAACAUACAAACAAUACACUUCGUAUCUUGAUCGUGCACAUAUCAACAAAAUUGGGAAGAACUGAGAAUGCUUUAAAACCCCCACAUUAAUGUAUCGGUCUUCCAUCAGUAGUGCUUUCAAUCAUAAAAUCAGCAUACAAGAAACUAGUUUCUCUA